UGGUUAAAAAACAAAUUGCUUUGUCCCUUGUUGAAACUUCAAAAUCUUUUGUAAACAAACCAUUUCCUUGUCACCCCCAAGAACCCCAAGAAAAAAACCCACCAUAGCCAUGGCUGUGAAGUCAAAACAAAACCCAUCACCAGCUUUCAUAGAAACAAUACAAGAAAUCAUGAGACUUUACAAAUCACUUCCACCAAGACCUUCCAUUGAAGAAGUUGAAGCAGCCAAGACUGUUCUACAAACUGCAGAAAAUGAAGAAAAAACCAAGCUUGAAGCUAUCUCUAAAGACCAAUACCACCACCAACCCCUUGAAGGUGUCCCUGAUGAACUCUUGUCUAUUCUACAACAAGUGAGGAAAACCAUGGUGUUGUUUCAAAGCCAUGAACAAAAGAAAGAAGCCCUUUACUUGGUUGAAGUUGAUGAUAUGUUUGAGACCUUUGAUGGGUUGAUUGAAAGGGCUUCUUUAUUGGUUUCUGGGGAUAACUUGGAAGAGAAAGUGUGGGGAUUUGAUGGAGAAACUGUGAUUAGUGAUGAUCGUUUCGUUACAAGUUCUUGCAACUCAGGUGAAGAUGGUAGUGGAAAACUAGACCUAAUGAAGAUAGCAACCCUUAUUGAAAGCACUGCAAAAAUGGGAGCAAUAGUUCUUGAUCUUAAGGCCAAGUUGAUGGACCAAAUAGAAUGGUUACCUGUUUCAAUUGGGAAAUUAAACAGUGUGACCGAACUAGAUUUAUCCGAAAAUCGAAUAAUGGCGUUGCCGCCUUCUAUCAAUGGGCUUCAAGCAUUGACAAAGCUCGAUCUUCACUCAAACCAACUCAUAAACCUUCCUGAUGGAAUUGGGGAACUUGUCAACCUACUAGAGCUUGAUCUCCAUGCAAAUCGAUUAAGCUCAUUACCUGCUUCGUUCGGGAACUUGAAGAACCUCAUGAAUCUCGAUUUGAGUUCAAACAACUUCACUCAUUUGCCAGAUACAAUUGGUAACUUGACUUCUUUGAAGAGACUAAUUGUUGAAACAAAUGAACUUGAAGAACUUCCAUACACAAUUGGAAAUUGCUCGUCAUUAUCGGUGUUGAGGUUGGAUUUUAAUAGGAUAAAGGCGUUGCCCGAGGCGAUUGGAAAGCUCGAAUGUUUGGAGAUACUUACGGCACACUAUAAUAGGAUCAAAGGGUUGCCAACAACAAUGGGAAACCUUUCAAAUUUAAAAGAGCUUGAUGUUGGCUUCAAUGAGAUUGAAUCCAUCCCUGAGACCCUUUGUUUUGCAAUAAGUCUAAGAAAAUUGAAAGUUGGGAAGAACUUUGCGGACCUUAGAGCCUUACCGAGAUCGAUUGGAAACCUCGAGAUGCUCGAGGAGUUAGAUAUAAGUGACAAUCAAAUAAGAGUUUUACCCGAUUCUUUUCGAUUCUUAUCCAAAUUGAGAGUUCUUCAUGCCGAUGAGACUCCAUUGGAAGUUCCAUCAAGAGAAGUAAUCAAAUUAGGUGCUAAGGCUGUUGUUCAAUUCAUGGUUGACCUUGUUGCUAAUAGAGAUACCAAAUCUCCAUCACCAAAGAAAAAGAAGAGUUUUUAUUUCGGGUUCCGGUCAAUUUUUCGACGAUCUCGGACUGCGAGUACCGAGAACAUGUAGCAAGUGAAUUCCUACUAUAAAACAUUUUAUCAAUUUAUAUAUAUGUAUAUGUAUAUCUGCUCUACAUAGCUCAAGGUGUUCGAUUUCUUUUCUAAGAUUUGCUUACAACAUGAGAUAUAUUACUUGUAUAUUAUUUGUGAGAUGAUUUCAAAGCUUUGUGUAGACUUUGUAAUGUAUUUUUGUUCUAAUUCAACUCAAAGUUAGACAGUAUUAUUUUUUUUCCAA